AUGGAGGAGCUGGGAGAUUUCUGGGAGAAAUUGCAGCUGAAUGAGGAGGAGAAUGUCCCGAUUGAGCUGGUGUCGAAAGGGAAUGAACGGCAAUGUGAUCUGGGAGGAAGGAGUCUAGUGGGGAAAAUAUUCAUUGAUCGGCAGAUUGGGAAAGAAGUUGUGAGUAAGACAAUGGAAAAGGUGUGGAAGGUUAGUAGGCCGGUGGCAUUCCAGGAGUUUCGCUCGAACUGUUUCAUUCUCACUUUCGCAAAUCUACGGGAUAGAAGCAGAAUCUUGGACGGAAGGCCUUGGCAAUUUGAUGGCCACAUUUUUGUCCUCAAAGUGUUCGAUGAAAGGACUCAACCACACUUGAUCCAUUUCGAUACAGAGUUGUUCUGGGUAAGAAUUCAUAACCUUCCUUUUGCUAACAUGAAUCGUCAGACGGGGGAGGUGGUUGGUAGUUCUAUUGGGAGAGUAGUUGAGGUGGACAUCCGUGAGGAUGAUGUAGGUUGGGGAUCAUUUUUGCGUGUGAGGAUAGAAUGUGAGUUGAAGAAGGUGAUUGCUAGGGGAAGGACUGUAAGUUUGGAAGGAAGGAGUAUGUGGCUUCCCCUAACAUAUGAGAACCUUCCUAGGCUUUGUUUUAAGUGUGGAAGGUUAGUGCAUCACGAGUUGGGGUGUGAUGAGAGUGGUGGAGGGCAGUUUGGGCCAUGGUUGAGGGCUAAAAGAUUGCCUCGAGGGAGUUUUGGUAGGGGUGUGAAGAGGGAUGAAGGCGUAGGGACCUGUGAGGGUACUGGGGGAGUAGGGGGGGUUUUUACUCAAGAAGAUGCAGGGCCAGAUCAGGUGGGUAAAGGGAAGGAGAGCCAAAAGGGGAGUAAGGUGGAGGGAGAUGGGGUCGAUGAGGGAAGGAAAAUGGGAGUUAUGGUGACUGUAAUUGAAGCAAGCACGAGGGACUUAGGGGUUGGGGAAGUGGGUUCUGGUUUGGGGGGUGAUGUAGUCUCGGUUUUAGAGGAAGGGGAAGGGGAAGAGGUGUUAGUUUCACCAAGAGAUGGUAAGAAGGGGGAGAGAGGGGGUCAAUGGAAGAGGAGAGCUAGAGAAAAAAUUUCAAAUUCUACACAGGUGUGUGGUUUAGUGGGUCACAAGAGGGGUUUAGAGGAGGUUGGGGAAGGGGAGGUUAGUGGAAGGGGAAGGAAGGCGAGGAGAGAAGAUAUUACUGGUAAGGAAAUUAAGGAACUUAGGAGGGCGGAGGCUGUGGAGCAGCCCCGCCCUUCAUUAUGA